AUGAACGAGAACCUCUUCAAACCAGAUGUCUCGAAAGUUUGGACCACGCUCAUAACAAAUACUGCGUACCUGCCUGGGCUUUUGACUCUCGACCACUCUCUUAAGAGAGUGGGCUCGAAGUAUCCGCUUGUCGUUCUAUACACGGACUCAUUUCCCGCCGAUGGCCACAAAGCCCUGGAUUCCCGAAAAAUAAGGAAACGGUAUGUACCGUAUCUCUUCCCUUCAGCUCCUAAGGAUUUCACCAACGACGUGCGCUUUUACGAUUGUUGGAGUAAACUCACGCCGUUCUCACUCGUUGAAUAUGACCGUGUCGUGCAACUUGAUAGUGAUAUGGUGAUUCUUCAAAACAUGGAUGAGUUAAUGGAUAUCGACUUGGAUCCGCCCGAAAUGGCUGGAAACGGAAAUCGAGUGUUUGCUGCUUGCCACGCUUGUGUCUGCAACCCGCUCAAUAAACCUCACUAUCCAGCAAACUGCACUCAGCAUAACAAUCCCGACAUCGUACAAAUAGCCGGUGCUUCAGCCAUUACAGGUUUGGGGAUACCUAAUAGAGGCCUCCAGGUAGUGAACCCAGCUCAGGCAACCUACGACAAGAUUAUUGAACAACUUGCCAAUUCAACAACUUCGAAUUACGACUUCGCCGACCAGUCCCUUCUCGGUGAUAUAUUCUAUGGUCGCUGGGUUACACUCCCGUAUGUAUACAACGCACUCAAAACCUUGCGUUGGGAAGGUGUAUACGACAUCAUAUGGUGCGAUAAGAAUGUUAAGAACAUACAUUAUAUACUCAGUCCGAAGCCAUGGGACGAUGAGCCGGCAGACAAACAGCGGGACCUCGGAGGACCUGGUCAGAGCCAAGACCCCUCGCAUACAUGGUGGACAUCAUUGAAUGAAAACAGGUUGAGCGAUGAACAAAAGUCGGGCACCAAGGACCAAUUUUGA